GGAUGCACUGAAGACAAGUGAAACUUAGGGACUGAAGUAUUCAGAAUAUGAAAGAUUGUCAGCCUGUUUCACGGGUUGAUUCCAUACACUGCACAGAGAUAGACUACAGGAUCGCUCCCAGCUCCAUUUCAACCCCAUUUAAAAAUCCCUCAAAGACAAGCUCCAAGGAGGCAUCCUCAUCAGACGCCUGUAUCACCUCAGCUGCUUUAUUUCAAUGUUAAGGAACAGCUGCUUUAGUCUGAGCUUAUCAUUCUAUCUCUUAAGACAGGGCCCAGACACCCUGCAGAGGAAACUCAGGUCUGCUGCUUGUAUCUGAGAUCUCAUUUUUUUAGUCUCCACCAAAAGCUCAUGAGCACAGGUGAGGGUUGAAACGAAGACAGACCCCCCCCAGACCCAGCUCCCUGUUCCCCAGAUCUGGUCCAACCCUUGCAUUACAGCUGAAGCUGCACAAACAUGCCUUCAGAUGUGAUCGUGUACGAGAUCUUUGGCUUUGAAGACAAAACUCUGCCCUACUCUCUGAACAUCAUUGAUACUCCUGGAUAUGGAGACAUCAGAGGGACUGAACAUGAUGACGCCAUCAGUCAUAGAUUAUUUGACUUGUUCCGCUCACAGUACGGAGUUCAUGAGAUGAAUGUCGUGGGUCUGGUGCUGAAAGCAAGCGAGAAUCGCCUGAGUGACCGUCAGAGGUACAUCUUUGAUUCAGUGGCGUCUCUGUUUGGAAAAGACAUGGAGAAGAACAUUGUCAUUCUCAUUACAAACUCAGAUGGAAGAAUACCUGGAAAUGUUUUACAAGCUGUCGAGGCUGCAAACAUUAAAUGUGCCAAAGAUGAAAAGUAUCAUCCUGUUCACUUCCUGUUUCAGAACUGCCAGAACAUCCAGAGAACAAAGGAAGCCAAGGUUGCCUGGGAAAUCACAAAGUCAGGAAUGAGUGAAUUUGCAGACUUUCUAGAAAAGACUGAGAUGCAAAAUCUGAAGCAAACAGCUGAUGUGUUAAAAGGAUGGAUUGGACUGACAGCCUGCAUUCAAAACCUGCAAGACAGAAUCCAGAAGGAUCUUAAAGAUGCUAAACAAGAGAUGAAGAGUUCUGUCAUGAGAGAUGGCUCCUGCACUGAAUGUACCAGGAAAUGUCCAGCAUCAGAUCAUGUGAAAGAAAAGUGGAGAUAUGUGAGAAAGACAAGAAAAGUUCCAAAGAUAAAUGAAGCUAUGAAACAAAAGUAUGAGAAGGGGAAAGCAGCUCAUGAGCGACUUCUGAAAGAUCUGAAGGAGCAACAGAAAGAUCUCCAGAAAGACAGAGAUCAGUGCUUAGAAGAGUCCUUCCAGCAUGUUCUCAAACUGGAGGAGAUCGCUCUGAAUGUUGAUUCACUGUCCACUCUUGUCCACUUGGACUUCCUGAUUGAGAAGAUGGAGGAGAAAGACAAAGAGAAGGUCCAGAAACUGGAGGAGAUAAAAAGUCGGGUGGAUGAAGGAACCAGAGCAGGACUGCGGUACAAACUGACUGCAGCAAAAAACAGUUAGAAAGACAAAUGAGAUGAACAACAUCAUGUGAGCAGACGUGUAGAAAAUAGAUCUGUACCUGCCUCAGAACUACGCAGUCUUCAGUCUUUGUUUUCUUGCUUAGUUUAACGACAGACAAAACUCCAGUAUUUCCAUAUGCUGACUGACUGGUUUCUCAGUUUUUCCAGUUAUUUUAAUUUAAGUAGUUUAACAGGAUGGAUUUCAGUGAAAGGCAGCUUGACUUGCAGUCCCUAAAACGGGCUGAAGAGUGUUUAUUCUGGUUUUAUUCACAUGUUUCAUUUGUUUUAGAGAGGAUACUUCUGCACAUAAUUUGGCUCUAAAAACCUCAUAAACAUGGGACACUGGAGCGUCGUGUUCAGUGAUGCAACCAAAAACAAAAGCGCUGAGAUUCGACUCCCCACUGAAGGCUCAAGAUUCAAAUUGUCUGUUUGAUGUCAGUCGUCCUCUUUUGAGCUCCACAGUGUGAUGUUUUUUACCAAAAUGACAAAACAAUAAAAUUGAAUCACCUCAUGUAAAGUUUUCUCAAACCAGCGCCCACUCAUAUCAGUGACACAAGAGAAGUCAAAAACACCAGCCCAUCUACAAACAAUCUUUCACAAUCACUGGUGAAAUCACAACUUCACAAUUUCUCUUUUUAAUUUAAAGACUUAUUUUUGGGCUUUUGCAUUUAUUUAGAAAGGAAAAUGGAUAGAGUAGGAAAUUGUGGAAAUGGGAGGGGGGGAAUGGCAUGCAGGAAAGGAGCCGCAGGUCGGAUUCGAACCCAGACCGCCUGCUUGGAGGACCACAGCCUCUGUACAGGUGAAGCCCUAACUGCUAGGGCGAGUUUCUCAUUUUGAAAUAAUAUUAUUUCCCCUCAUCAAUCAGGGUUUAGACCUGGCCAUGGUUCAGUCUCUGCAGCAUCCCUAGUGAUAUAUAAAGUUCUAAAUCCAAAUGUCCUGAUUCCUUAUGAAAUGAUUUUGGUUCGUUUUAGAGGAGUUUGAAGAUAUGACUUUGUUAGCUUGACUGUAGCUCCAUAAGAAAUCUGUGGAGUCACACACUCGGGAAUAAUUAAGCUGAAUUCCUCUGAAGUUGUAAUCACAAAGAUGAAUGAGAAAACACAAAUAAAUCUGUACUGUAGUCAGAAUAAAUGGAGGUUGGUGCUGAAA